CCAACAUACAGCCGCUGUCGUGCAUGCGGAUCAUGGAACGAGCUGCCGCAAAAGUCCGCAACAAAAUGUUAAUUUACUGAGCUAGAAUUGAAGGAAAAUGCAACACUGUCCGUAUCAUUUGGAAAAAAAUUUGAAAGCGAAUGUUAUAAAGUAAAGUUUAUUUCAUUUUGACGGAAUCGGAGGGGUGGUAUCCUUCAGCUGUAUUGAUACAUGUGCAUCACUUGACGGUGUUUGUUUUCGCGCUAUGCAUGUGAUAGGGCCUACCAUGGAGGAAGGAGGACCCUCCUUCCUCCAUGGGCCUACAUACAUGUACAUGUAUGCCAGGCAGCCAUGCCAGAUGUACAUGUACAUGUAGUGGCGUUCAGCAGGUGAAUUAGAGUUAGUAAAAUAGACGUUCCUGCUGUUAUUAAGCUAAUAAUGGACAGAUCUUGACUGUGUAGAAGUAUGCAUUCUCACUUUCCCAUGACGAACAAUGUCAUGCCUACCGUCAUGACCGUAGCAUGAUGCCUUGUCUUAAUCAAAAGCGUCCUCGGCAAUUUAAGAAUCAAUCACAACCAAGACAAUAUACACAAAGCACUGCAGAGCUUUUUUGUAUUGAUGAAUUUGGCAUAUCUCUAAAAUAGCAAGCAGUACAAUUUUAGCCUUUCCCCUAGGUGGCAUGGAGAACUGUGUUAAAUCUCCAGAGGUCAAAGGUCGUGGUCAACAUUGCUCCGGUGAAAUCGGUGUCGACCCCAACACUAGGCCUGAAGCUUGCCACAUUGAACAUGUUGAAGACUUGCAUAUGGUCAUUGCUGCAGAUGGGGUCUCGCAGGGUGUCAACAUCAUUCCAAACCCAACCAAGGUAGAGGCUGAUAUCCAAAUUCAAGCCGCUGAAGAAAACCGUAAACCUUCCCUCAGCAAUUCUGUAGAACCGUUCGGAUCACAAUGUUCGGUGCAAGACUCGUGGAUCUCCGCAAACGAGACCCAGACUAUGCCUCAGGCUGAGCAGUCGGCCAGUGAGGCAGGAGGGUCAAAGGAGCAGCUGUUGUCAUGGGUUUCAAGCUACGACAAAGUGGAGGAGCUUGUCAGAGAGUACGAGAUCAAAACAACCUCCAAAUUUCUGAUGGCAAAUCCUGACAGAGACUUCGGAAAAACAUUUGAGGAAAUGAAGCACCAUCACCACAUUCAUUUGGAUUGUAAGGGCUUUGGCAACGAACUGUCCCCUAGACUCUGCCUGGAGGGAAUGCCCUACAUCAUGAUGGGUAAUAGACGUCUGACUUGCCACCAUGGAAAACCCCACUACCAGUCAGCCAAGAAGCCUCGGGCAAAAGGCAAGCAGAGGCUUUGCACGCAGGCAUCCAAGAAAGUUGGCUGUCCAGCUUACAUCUUUAUUCGACACGUCAUGCUUCUUCUAGACUUUAGUUUUGACAAGAACACUUUAACGGAACACAGACGACGCGAGUUGUCCAAACGCAUCAAAGCCACUUGGAAGGAACAGGGCAGCAUCACCACCGAGUCUCGCUACUACAUCGACUUUCCAGAUGUCAGCAGUCACAAGAACCAUCCCAUAGGAGAAGCUGCUGGUAUCAAACAACCAAUCGACAAACGAGUCAACGACAAAAUGCUCCAGCUAAUCAGCAAUGGGAUGAGAUCAGUCCCCGUGAUUGAGAGAUGCAUUCAAGACUUUGUCAGGGAUGAGCUCUUCAAAGGCUCGUCUUGCCCGCCGGACACCAACCGCCGGUUCUUUCCAACCCAGAAGGAUAUCGCCAACCGUAUCUUUAAGGUCUCGGUGAGGUCCCACUCAUCCAAGCUAAGGAGGCGGGAGCUGGAGGAGUUGGUAGGGGGCUGGCUGAGGGAGCAGCGCAUCUUCAAGGUCUCAGUGAACUCUUGCUCAUCCAAGCUGAGGCGGAGUGAGCUGGAGCAGUUGGCUGGGGGCUGGCUCAGGGAGCAGAUGGACAGAGAUGGAUUUGUGUUUUUCAGAAAUGCUCUGGAUACCAGCAGGGUUGACAAACAGGACAGUUUGGAUAAAGCAUUUGGACCUGAGCGCCGAAGUGCGUCUGAAGCAGGCGAGAUGGACAAGGAUGCAACAAGAGUUAGUUCCACCAAGGAUGGGAAUGCAGGUGAAGAGCCCCUCCUGGUUUCACCUGGAGAAGGCCUGCUCCUGGUCUACCAGACUUGGCACCAGCGACGGCUGCUGGCCCGCUACGGCUGUUACCUGACCUUCUUGGACUCUGCCCACAGGCAGGCGGGCUAUGCCAUUCCACUGUACUUUGUCCUGGUGCACACCAACUGUGGGUACCAGAUUGUGGCCUUGAUCGCCAUGGCCAAGGAGACUGUUGGAGGUCUGCAUGAGGCCCUGGGGUUGAUCAGGGAAGCCAAUCCCUGCUGGUGCCCCCAGCAGUUUAUGGUGGAGCCCUCCGAGAUUGAGAUCCAAGCCAUCAAGGGGAUAUUCCAAGAUUGUCAAGUUUUCAUCACUGAUACCAGACGCCAGCAGGCCUGGGAGCGCUUCCUCCUCAACUCCAAGCACAGGACGGCCAACGUUCAGCAAGAUGUGCUGGCCAAGAUGGCCAGCAUUGCCACAGCACGCACCCAGGAGGCCUACCAGGCUGCGCUGGAAGGCCUGCGCAGGACAUGGAUGAAGCCUGCUCUGAAACAGACGAGGGCCUGGUUUCGAGAGAAGUGGAUGGCCAAUGUUGAGAGAUGGGCCUACAUCUACCGGCAGCAUCACCAGCUGCUUCCUUUAGUUGUCAACAAGGGUCUGGAGUCUCAAAGCCAGGCCUUGGAGUACCCUUUCAUCGCCAGUAAACGUAACAUUGCCCUGCAUGCCAUGCUAGAUCUGCUAGUCAGCAAAGUUCUCCCCGACUUGGAAAUGAGGUAUUUGCAGACUAAUGAAGCAUGGAUAACAACUGCCGACUCUAGUCUCUCGCCUUUUCUCCACAAACGGCCCCAACAUUUCAUUGACCACUGCCGACAGCACCUCACCCUGGCUAGAAGGAUUGAGAAAACGUCCAUCACCCAAGACACACAGAACAUCUUUCGCGUUCCCAGGGGCGAUCAGAAUCGCGGGGAUAAUUUUGUUGACCUGAGCGUCCCGUCAUGCACCUGCAAGGAUUUCCUUGAGACAGAGUUUCCGUGCAUGCACCUGUUGGCGUGCAUCACCGAUGGUAACAAGCUACAUUGGGAGCAACUGCCAUCUUCCUACCUCUUCAGCCCCUUUCUGACUGUGGACGAUGGUCAAGAGUUGGGUGGGGCUGGGAGUAUGGCUGUGGGUGGGGUUAUGGGUGGAGCCCCAGGAGGGGCUGCUGCUAUAUCCCAUUCAACUGAAGAGCGGCCCCCUGUAGUUGAUGUCAGGGAUACUGACGAUUCCACUGUGGCUGUCUCUGGGAUUUCCUCUGAGGAGAAGGCAACUUCUAAUUUGGAAGCUAUCCUUGCUGCAGUGGAAGCCCAUCAAACGUUGAAAGAGUCAGCCGACUCUUCCAUGAACUCUACCCCAAGAGACAGUGAUCCUUUUCAGGAUGAGGCAGUUGCCUGCCAAGCCAUUGCAAGAGAACUUGUAGAUCUGACCCACACUGUGACCCACACAGAGACACUUGCCCGUGCACGGGUACAAAUGGACGCAGCCCUCGCCACCCUGAGGCAAGCCCUACCCAGGGGAGAGCUGCACACCUCUGUCUGUCAAGAUCAGACAUCGCAGGAUAUGCCAGUUUGCUUUGUGAAAGGAGGCAUUCCUGUCAAUCAGGAUCUACAUCCUGCAAAAAGGCAACGACUCGAAGAAGAGGUUCAUCAGUCAGCUGCGAAUGAUUGCUUGUUGGACUCCCACAUCAAAGUGGCCAUCACUAGAGAUGUGGAAGUGGCUGAAGCUUACAAAGACGGUGGAGAGGGUGCAGAAGUGGACGAGAGCAUUGUCACGGAAACGAUCGAUCUUCAGCAGGGGGCGGUAUUUAUUCUGGAGCCUUCAGGGAUGAUGAGAAACGUUCAAAUAAUGGAUGCGUCAGAAGCAGACGAGGCGGCUGUAGGAACUGUUAUCAUUAAGGACUCAUGAGACAGCUGCUGUUUCCAAUUUUGAUUUUUUUCAGCUCCUGCAGUGCUCCUGCGCACCUUGCUGAGACCCUAAAAAAACGGACAAAACAAAAUAAGACCAAAGUUAGUUUGCUAUGUAGACAACAAAAUUCUCCAUUAUUUCGAAAUGCAAAGAUCAGAUCUUCAGUGUUUCACUAGGCAAGUUUGAGAUUCCAAAUCAAAUUGUUAAGAUGACUUAGGAACCAUAAAAUAAAGCAAAGUGAUUUUUGUCUUUGAAACAAGUGUGGACUGGCUUACGUCCGCCAUUUCGAAAGUUUGAUCAUUCAGUGCACAGUAUUCAGAAGUUUAUAGUUUUCAUACCAUGCCUUUAUGAACACCUAAUGCCCUUUGUGAAGCAGUCUGCCAAACAUCUCAAGGAUUUCCAGAGGAAUCUCUGCCAUGUUAACCUUACUGUCGGAUCUAAAUGUAGUCAACAAGGAACAAAAUACAGUGCCCAAACCUGAUCUCACCCUAAUUCACACGGGGAUGAUGACAGUCAGACCAUGGCGUUUUGAAAAAUAAAACAUUUGGGUGAAAGCA